GAUGUAUUUGAUGAUAAUGAAGAGCCAACUAAUGAAGAACAAAUUAUGCUAAAUGAUUCUAUUAAUACUACAGACUUACUAAGUGAAGUUAAAGCAAAAAUAUACACAAUACUUUGUUAUUAUUAUCCUAACCCGGUACUUCAUGGAUUAGUAUCUGCACUAUUAGAUCCUCGACUUAAAUCUUUAGAUUUUGUUAAGGUUACAAAUAAAUUGGCAGCUGAAAGAAUUCUUAGAAACUUAUAUGAUUAUGAAAAACUAUUAGAAAAUGAAGAAAAUUUAAGCCAAUUGGAUUACCGACAAACAACCAAUGAAAACGAAUUUCCCUCAUGCAUCGCACUGGCAAAUGAAUCUUUAUUUUUUAAUGACCUUGGGAACAUUGAAAACAUUGAAGAAAUUAAAU